AUGUGCUUGUAAUGUAUGCCAGGAUACAGUUUAGGGUAGUGCGUAAGCAGUUGUGGAGCGGAUUAACUUAAAAACUAGUUGGAUUAAUAAUGCGAUAGCUUUCCUGAUAUUAACUGCUAGUAAUAUAACUAUCAAAAUUAAUGCAAUAAAUGCAAUGAUGGGUAUAUCUUAUAAGAAAAUGGAAUGUGCAAAAAUAAAUUUUGCUCACAAUAUUAAGGUACUUUUGACAGUAUCACCUAAAAAUGUUCUUUAGAUGGAUUUUUACUGUCAGAGUAUAUUAGAGAAUAGUAGAAUUCAUAAAAUAGUGCCCAGUUUAAGCAGGAUUCUUUCAAUUUUUAGUACUCCUCUUUAAAAGAUAGCCUAAAUGAGCAAAUAGUAGAAAUAAAAGUCUUAGAUAUUUUAGAUCAUAAAUUAGUAAUUGGAAGGACGAAUUAAUAUUUAAUAUUUUAUGAUUUCUAAAAAAUGUCUGCAUUAUAUCUACUUGAUAUGUAAGCUCCUAUAAUUUAGAUAUAGACAAAUGAAUAGUAAAUGAAGCUUUACGCUUUGGUUUCGCAUUACGAUAACUUUAAUCAAACUUCUUAAUAUUAGAUCAAGUUUUAUUUAACCAAUAAUAUUUAAUAUUUAGAAGUGGAAGCAUUUUAAGCAUAUUUUCGUUAGUAGAUUAGUCUAUGA